AUGCCAUAUCACCUUCCUGUGCUGUUGAAUCCUUUGCUUAAUGCUGUUUUCAACUGCCCUUCUCCUAAGGUAUCAUCAUUGAAGCAAGUCUUCUCACAGUUAGAGAAAGAAAAGUUCUUCAUAUUAGUUCCAAAUUCCCAGUGCUUACUGGAAUUUCAAGAUUUGGAUUCAGGUCUUGAAUUGGCAGAGCUAUGUUAUCAUUAUGAUUUUGUUGCCUCGCACAUUGUCGUAAUAGGGAAGGAUACAAAUACUUCUUCUGCAGGUCAGAAAUCAUUUUACAAUAAAGAAUUUAAGACAUUAAAUGGGAAGAAAAUAGUAAUACGAUAUCAAAAUAGCAGUGUCGUUACUUCUGAUGGUUUUAGCGAUAGGAAAAGGGUUGAUAUUGAGGAAAUCAAUGUUAUUCCAACAUUUAACGACUAUCUCUCAGGUUCCCGAUAUACACCAGUAGUUUAUAUUAAUAAACCGCUUUGUGGCGAUUUGGUUGCAAAGGAAGACUAUCAGGUGUUUUCUAAAGUUUCAGGGAAUAAAUAUGCAGUGCCUCCGGUGGCUCCUCUGUCUUUUGAUGUAGCCCAAAAACAGGUACUGCAAUUUGAACAGAGGAUUCAAAGUUUACCGGAUGUAGCAGAACGGCUUGCAUUAACCUUUCAUCUCACUAAAGCUAAAAUAAAAAAGGCCAAUGACAUUGAAAGCAUUAAAAACGAGUGGAAAAGCGCUCAGGAUUCAAUACAUCAAAUUGUUAGCUUUGAUAAACGAUUGAACAAGACUGAAAAUUUGGAUUCAGUUAUUUAUGAUUAUACAGAAUUAAAGUUGUUCACUGAUAUUCAACAACAACUAUCUGAAAUCACACAUCAUAAUGAAUUAGAACAUAAAUUUGAUUUUAGCGCUUUGAAAUCCAUUUCCUUGAAUCAAGUGUCAACUAUGUUUUAUCAAAAGCAAAUGAAAUCAUUUAGUUUAAAAAAUGUCAUUAAACUGGAGCAAUCUGUACAUAGUGCUCUUGAAUGCUUCAAAACUAUUGAUUUAAAAAAUAACCACGCAGGAAAGCUUGAUGUUUUGAGUUCCACUAUGAAAAUUUUGGGAACAGAAAUUGAUGGAAGAGCAAUAGACGCGGACACACUUUUGAGUCUUGUUGUUCUUCUAAUAUGUAGGUCCCAAGUUUCAGGCCUAAUGAGAACUCUUGCAUACUUAAAUAAUUUUGCUUUCAAUGAGACAGCAAUCAAAUUUGGUAUUCAAGGGUAUGUAUUAUCAACUUUUGAGGCAGCAUUAUCAUAUUUUCAUGACGAUACAGUCAAGAGCCUUUUAGCAAAAUGCUUAGAAAACAGAUACAUCUGGGAUCAUAUCCAAAAUGAUAAAACUAUCAGACAUGAACGUCUCAAAAGCAAUCUCUAUCUUCGAACAGAUAAUGGAGAAUCUUUACUUUCGUUGUGCAUACAAGCACAUGCUAAUGAAACUCUCGAGUAUUUGCUGACCAAUUUCGAAAACGAGUACCCAUUAGAGGACAUAAUUGAGGAUCGAGACUUUACUUCAUCAACCCUUUUAAUCCAAGCACUUCAAGCUCAAAACUCGGUGGCAGUAGAGAUUAUUUCUACCAUUGUACUAAACUCUUGUACACAAUCCGAGAUAGAGGAAUUCUUGAAUUCGCCAAAUUUGCAUAACAGAACUGCUGCACAUUAUAUUAUGCAGGAAGUAUCCCUCGUAGAAACAGUAGGUGAAUAUUUGAAUUGGGAACAUACUGACAUUAAUGGACAUUCCCCUCUUUUCGCAGUAUUUCGAAGCUAUGAUACUCCCAAUUACGAGGAGAUGGUUACUAAGAUUUUAGACGAAGUAAUAAAAUGGUAUAAAUUAAAAGGUAAGCCACUAAACUUUAGGCAUCAUGAAGAUCCAAAAGGAAACACGUUGCUACACGUAAUGAAAAGUGGAAUACAUUUGUUAUUAAAACUUCCGGGUAUAAACGUGAAUAAACCAGACCUGAAAGGACUUACUCCACUCAUGACGUAUGCUAAAUACAACAGGUUGGAUAACAUUGAGACAAUCAUGAGGGAUUCUAGAUUACUAUGGGACUCGAUUCAACAACCGCUAUUUAUGACCUGUAUUGAUUUUACCAAGAGCCCCCAAGUAACAGAUAAGAUCCUUGAGGUCAAGUAUGAAAAAAGUGAUGUAAUAAUACACUCUCUAAGGUUUGAAGAUGGUAAGUGGAAGAUUUGGAUCACAUUCAAUGGGACUGCAAAUAAAUACUCACUGGCAUUAAUUAGACAAUAUCUUCGGUAUUUUAAAAUAAAAUAUCCCUGGAGUUUCCAACCAAUCGAAGCAUUGACUGAGGAAUUGAAGAACUUGGGAAUGUUGGGUGUUCCUAGUAUUCUGAGAUUACAAAGUUAUCAUACCUUGAGGAAACUUAGUUUAGUUUUCACAUAUAUGAAUACCAGAGGAGAAUUGUGGUUGGAUAAAGAAGAAAAGGAGCUAAAAUCUUUGUUGGAUGUACCAACGCCUCGUCUCACAGAAACAGAAAGAUUUGUUAAGCUUGAACCAGAAGAAAUAAAUGGAAUUCAAGGGUUCCUCAAGUAUAAUGUCACUGAAUUUGUAAAGCUAAAGAGUUGUUUGACAUUUUUGAAGAAAUUAAGCAUUGUACAGUUUGUUAAGAGUAGAGAUGUAAAAAACAGUCAAAAAAUGUUAUUUUCACUCGGAAAUCAGUUCACAGAUACAGAAAUCGCGGAUUGCUUUAGCGAUUUUCAUUUGAAUGGUAAUUUUGAUCUCUCUUAUCACGAAUUCAUUAGAAACCUGGGGUUCUUGGAGGAUGCCGUCUCAUCAUUACUUAACCAUAUUGAAGCUCUCUUGGCAAAAGUAAACUUAUGGUGGAAACAUUACGGUGAAUUUAUGGAACUGAAAAAAGAAUGGAACAAAAACUUCCCUAAAGAUGUAACGCCUCCAUCUACUUCAAGUAUGAGCUUCAUUGAUACUUAUAUUGAAGGGAAGAGAUCCAGAUUCAAAAGUAAAUUAUCAAAUCAAAUGAAGAUGAGUUCUUUAAACUUAAAAAAGUUGGGAGGGGAAAUUAAGGGCACUAAUGAAAAUCUAGCCGUUGAGAUUAACCUUUUCAUUGAGUAUAAGGACCAAUUUUAUGAGAAACACCUUAUCAGGUCGGUAGUGGAUCGUAAGAUCAGAGAAUACAAGCAAAUCAUACAGCAACUAACCGAGACUACGAUAGGUCAUCAUGUUUGA